AAAAACGCGAAAUAUAUACUGAUCGACCUGGUCCAUUUCACUCGAUCGGCGAAGGUCGAUUCUUUACAGAUCGACCGAUCCACUAAGGAUAGAUCGAUCGAUCCCGUGCCCAGGAAAGAAUCCCAAAUCGAUUUUUUUGGUUUUGUAUGAUUAUAUCCGGGUUGAUUCCCACUUGAUUUGAACCGACUAAGCAUGAUUUCAACUCUUUAAACUCGAUUUCUCUGGGACGAAAUCCUUAAUUUCCCAUUCACGAACAAAGGGGGAGAAAAUCAAAUUCUCACCCAAAGUUCAUUAACCCUAACUCACUCAAUUCUCUGAUUUGGACGAUUAUUUGGCCUAACUCAUACGAUUUUGUGAGCUUUUUACGAAUCUAUCACUCUUUAGUUUGUUCUGCAAAGGUAUGAAACUCUAUCUCCACUUCUUUUUAGAGUUUGAAAAUAGAAAGGUAAAAGGUAAUUUUUUUGGGUUAGUUAAGAUAUUUAGGCUUCAAUCAUGUGUUAAGGUGAUGAUUAGAGAAGAUUUUGUACACAAUCAUGGUUUAAAUCAUAUUUUUGGGAUAGAUUUAGGAAUUUUAGGUUUUUGUUAUUAAUAGAUAUAUGCUGUAUUGUUUUCAAAUUUCAGAUAUGGAGUUGGAGUUGCCUAAUCGUUUAUACGGUGAGGGAUUGGAACCUCAGGUUAAGAAGAUUAAUAACAGCUGCCGACUAAAACUUCUCGAGUUGCUAAAAGAAAAAAUGGAACCAGAAUUCGAUGAAGUUAUGAAAGAUCCCAUUUUUUCACAGAUUAUGGUUAUCCAGAAGAAUGAUCUGAAGUUUUCGGCGAGGUUGGUACACUCUUUCUUGUGUAAGGAGUUGAUGACAAGCAAGAGACAUGAGAAGUGGUUCACUUUCGCUAGGAGACCUAUGCGUUUUGGAUUGCAAGAGUAUCAUGCUGUCACUGGUCUGAAAGUGAAGCGAGAGAAUAACAGUGGGCUAGUGACAUGGAAAGACGAUAAUGGUUUUUGGAGCAAGCAGAUAAAGACAAAUGGAAAAAUAAAUUUGCAGAUCAUAAAAAAGAAGCAUUUGGAAGAGAGCAAUACCUGGACUUGGGUUGAUAGGGUGAGACUGAUAUAUCUUUGCGUUAUUAUGGGUGUGGUGAUGGGAAAGGAUGAGAAGGUGAAUAUCCCGCAUCUGUACAUGAAGUUGGCGAUGGAUUUGGAGAAGCUUCGGAAUUACCCAUGGGGUCUGUAUUCGUUUGAUUUCCUUCUGAAGCAAAUUGAUAAAACAAGGCAUAAAUUAGAGCAGAAAGAGGGGUAUCUGAUGGAAGGAUUCUUGUUUGGUUUCCAAAUUUGGAUAAUGGAAGCUGUUCCUGCUUUAGGAGAGAUUUGUGGCACAAAAGUCAGUAAAAAUUUUACAGGUCCACUGUGUGGUAAUUGGAGAGGAUGUGCAAAAUGUUCUUAUGAAGAUAUCAUUGGCGUUGAGAACUUAUUCCCAGAAAACGUAUGCAAUUUUUUUUUCAAAUUAAAAUAUUUAUUGUCUUGUUCACUUUACUAAUGAUUUGAUUGUUUGUAGGGGAUUUUGCAUUCAUUCAUGGAAUCCCACAUAGAUGGAGUGGUCCUUUUGGCAACUGAUUUUGUACAGAAGGAUGAGAAGAAAGAUGAAAGAGUAGAUCGUAUUUUAGAUAUGAUCAAUAGUAAACAUGAUUGGAACAAUCAUGUUUGGGGAGUAAAAGAAGCUACAAACUCUGAAUUUGAGGAAUCUGGCGAAGAGAAAGGAGAUGAUCAAAGAGCUGAUACUGAGAGAGGUGAAAAUAGUCAUGUUGCAGGGAAUGUUGAUGGCACAGCUGAUGUUUCGGGAAGAAACAAGAGAAAGCAUGCAGACCGAGGAGCAGAGUCAAGGAAGAAGAAUGUUUUGUGCCACCUAGCUGCUUCAUCAAAAGGAAAUAUUGACACAGAUAUGAAAAAUUUCUUGGAGGAUCUGGUACAAGCUUCUUUUACUACUUUUGGGGAGAAAUUCUGUCAGCAGUUCUCGGACAGGUUGGGUAAGAUUGAGACUGAGGUUACACAACUCAGGACAGCUUCAGAGAGAACUGAGCAAUUUGAGACCGUUGUAACCGACAGAUUGGGGAAAAUUGAGGCUGAGGUUACACAGCUCAGGACAAGUUUAGUGGUGACUGAAUUGGUGGGAAAGAGUGAUCAAGCAAGCGGUCCUAGCUUGACCAAAAUCAACAGUGGUCCUAGCACCAGCAAAAAAGGCACUGCUCCAUCAAAGAAAAAGGUAACUACUAAGAGAAAGAGUUAAAAGUUGUUGAAAGCUUGGAACUAGGCGAUGGAAUGUAGGUCUUUGAAGCUAGGUUGUUAGAACUUGGAAUGAGGCGGUAAUAUGUAUUUGAAACUUGUCGUUUAUGUAAUCACUAUAUUUAAUGUAAUAUGUAUUUGGAAGUUUGUAUGUUUAUUAUGGAUUUCGAACUUGGCGUUUAUGUCUAUUCUCUGUUUUGAACAUGAAAUUUGUAUGUGUAAUUUGUAAUUGUACGUGUUUGUCAACAGGCUGUAAAAAACCAAGAGUUAAAGACUGCUGAUUCGUGUGUCAAUUUACCUCGUGCAAAAGUUACUCAAUCAUCAGCUAGUGAUCUUAGUAUGGGUACACAAGAGUUUUUGGAAAGUUGCAUGAAGAACCUUCCAUUAGACACAUUUGUGAAAGGUUUGAAUCCUUCUCAAGCUAAAGUCGAAGAUUCAUUGGAUUGGUUGGAACUUCCAAAAUCAUUGAAAAAGCCAACAGAUUCAUUGGAACUUCAAAAAUCAUUGAAGAAGCCAGCGGUCCGAUUAGAUGACCGAGAUAUAGAGCUAGACGGCGAAAAUUUCCCUGAUCGCUGCUUGGUGUUUGUGCAUCCUACAGAUUUUAAGAAGAUGCAGGACUGGCAAGAUACACGAACAGCUAUACAGAUUGGUCCUUCUAUGUUAGACGGUGAUCUAGCCGGACGUAUUAUGUCUGCCAGCAGUUGGCUUAAAAACUACGAAAUUGAUGCUAUAAUGUAUGUUUUCCGGGAAAGAACAACAUUGAAACGAUGGAACGUAGACCGUGUUGCUUUCAUGACAUGCGUCUUCAGCGACCUCAUUGCUAAGGAUUACCAGAAUUUCUGUAAGGGUAUUAAGAAAUACACUAUGGAUCCAUUACUACUGCAAUACGGUAAAGGUGAACUGCCUUCCCAUGGAAAAACACAGAUGUUGUGGAAUGUCGAUGUGGAUCGGAUGUACGUUCCUGUCUGGGUCAAUUGCAACCAUUGGAUUGCUUUAUGCAUCAGUUUUGUGACUAGGAAUAUCCAGGUGUUUGACUGCGGGGGUAAAAAAAAAAUCAAGGAAGUGGAAGCUUUCGCGCAGCUUAUUCCUCGGAUUGUCAAGGCCGUGCAGUCAUUGACAAUACAGAAGCAUUUCCACAUCACUCCGUACAAUGUUUCCUAUGUACCUAUGAGUGGUCUUAACCGACUUCAAUGUCAUUGUGGUGUGUACACUAUAAAACACAUCGAAUGCCACGUGCUUGGGUUGGACAUAUCUAUGGUGAAUGAUGAGAACAUCUGGGGAGCUCGGAUAAAGAUUAUGUGGGAUCUAUGGGAAGCAGCUAAUGAUCUAGAACUGAUUGAGAGAAUGUCAAAGUAUGAACCUAUUAAGUGUAGUAAGCCUGCCGAGUAUGUUGAGAUUGAUGAUUUAUGA